UCUUAGGGUUUUGGGAUAUGUUUAGGGGUUUUAGCCGUUUAGGGCUUUAGCUUUCCAACUGCUUCUUGGCUUUGAAACUUUAUAGAAUUUUUCCUUUUUCCUUGUCAAUUAGGGUUUGUCCUAAGGCGGCUAGGGUUUUGACUCCCACUAAACUUCUGCUGCCUUCUUAUAUACUGUUACUUCCGCUUCCACAUUUGGAGUGUCCCUAGGGUUUCUUAUUUUAUGAGAGAUAUAAAUGUGAAGGUUCUGAGCUUUUGUAAUUCCCUUCAGCAUUCCAAGUUUAAUCUGGGUUUCUCAAUUUUCUUCAGCGAAAUUCAUUUUUAUCAAUGAUUCUUUAAACGCCGUUGAAUUCGAUUCUGGGUUUUCCUUAUUUUCUUCAAUAUAAUCUUGUUUUGGCCCAAAGAUUAAUCUGGUCUUUCUUUCUCAAUCUCUGAAAUUUGACUUUUCUUCUCAUUGAAUUCAAUCUUGGUUUCUUAAUUUCGUUCAAAAGAUUUCGAAUUUAGCAUUCUUGAUUUGUGUCUGCAUGUUCUUUGAUCAUUAUCUGGUCCAGGCUUUCUGAUUUUUCAUUUCUUUAUCCGUCAAACCUUUGCGGGGUUUUGGGUGUCUUUAUUGAUUCCGAUAUUCUUUUUCCCCAAAAGUAUUCAUCUUGAUCUGUUUGAUUGCAAGGAAAAGUUUCUACUAGAUUGGGUUUGAUUUCAGGCCUUAAAAUUUUUCUAGUAUGAGUUUUCCCGAUCCUCGCCUUCCGUUUAUGGCGCAGUCCCAGCGUUUUGCUGCAGGCAGUGAUGCCAUUGCCAUUGGUGUCUGGCCUCAAGUCCCGAUGAACGAUGAACAAGUCGACCUGCAUUUACAAACAUUCAAGAGGCCCAGAAUUUCAGAGGACAGCCAAUCAAAUGCUUUACCCUGCCCCCCAAUGAGUUCUAGGUUGAACCCGCCAAAUCCUCUAGUCAAUAGAGGCACAAGCAACAUUUUCUACAAGACUAAGAUGUGCACCACUUUUAUGGCGGGUAUGUGCAGUAAAGGUGCGGAUUGCAAGUAUGCUCAUGGUAUUGAAGAUAUGAGGCAACCCCCACCCAAUUGGCAAGAACUUGCUGGUUUGCGUGGAGGGGAAGAUAGAUUGUCUGGAAAUUGGGAUGAUGACCAGAAAAUAAUCCACAGGUUAAAGCUAUGUAAGAAGUUUUAUAAUGGGGAGGAGUGCCCUUAUGGGGACAGGUGUAAUUUUCUUCAUGAAGAUCCGGGAAAGUUUAGGGAUGAUUCAGGGAGGUUUAGGGAGAGCUCGGCAAUAAGCAUUGGAACUACUGGAUCAUCUUUGGUGCAUGGCAGUGGCUCUAAUCUGUCCGAUUGUAAUAAGCCUUUGAACAAUGGUUCCGAUGCUUCCCGAGUACCUAUGAAGCCGUAUUUGAAGACAAAGAUAUGUAAUAGUUGGGAGAGAGGUCAAUGUCACUAUGGUGAUAAAUGUCACUUUGCUCACGGGCAAGCAGAGUUGCGAGCACCUGGUGCACAUUUUGAAGGGGAAGCAUUGAGUAUGGGCUCCAUUCCCAUUUCGACAAAACCUCAAUCUGUUCCUGCUACUGAUGCAUCUCCACCUAACACAGCAGGUCUGCCUACUUUAACUGAAGAAGGAAAUGGUAAGAAGUGUUUGCUGAAGUGGAAAGGAUCCAAGAAGAUCGAUCGUAUAUAUGCUGAUUGGCUUGAUGAUGUGCCGCUAGUGCAACACCUGCCGAGCAAAGUGGAGAGCUGAUUUCAAGUUCUUGUGUAGAAACAACUUUUCAGUUGGAUUAAGAAGUUUUAAAGAGUCAUGCUUCCAAGUCUCAAGAGUUUGGUCUUUUAGGAGAUACUGAAUCGUUUCAAAGGCCUGGAAAACAAGAGAAUUCUUUAUUCUCUUUUAGGUAUUUGAUCAUCUGUGGUUUUGAUCAGGUUAAUAGGUUUGCUUGUCAUUACAUUUCUUUUUUUCUUUUUAGCUUAUUUUCUCCUCUUCAAUGAUAUAUGAAAUAUAGUUUUGCAA